AAAUUAUAGUCUUAAUUCACAUAUAUCAAUAUAAUGUACAUUAUAUUGAUGUAUAAUCCUUCUUCAGCUUCUCUUUCUAUCUAUGAUCACUAUAUAUAUAUACACACACACACACACACACACACACACCUCUCUCCAUUGGAGACAUCCCCAUUUCCUGGUGUUCCCCCAUUACUUCUUCUAACCAACAUCUCUCUCACUUCUUCCAUCUCCAAAAGCUAGCCCUUGUCUCCCUCUUUUUUCUAGACACCCACCUAUCCUCCUUUUCCACCUGAAGCUUUCUUUUCUCAAACCCUCCAUCUUUUUGAUCCUUACUCCAUCCCCAAAGCUCACCCCCAUUGCACCCACCACACCAUCUCCUUCCUUUCCUUUCCUUCUCAAACCCAGAGUACUCCUACUCCAACCAAGUCCUCCUUUACAUGCUCUUUCUUUAUCAACAAAAUAAGGAAGCCUUUCCACCAAACUAAUUAUAGAAUAGAAUGGACUAAGCUACUUAGGUAGGAGCAACCAACCCAAUUUUUCAUCCUUUUUAUCCCUUCACUAAAUCACAGAAGUAGUGGUAACAAAAAACACUGCAAGGAUAUCGGCCGGCACCUCCCCCUCCAACUCGAUGAGUUCGGGCGCCACCGAAGGGCGGCUGAGCCGCUACGAGUCGCAGAAGCGGCGAGAUUGGAACACCUUCGGUCAGUACCUCAAGAACCACCGCCCUCCGCUGGCGCUGUCCCGGUGCAGCGGCGCGCACGUGCUGGAGUUCCUGCGGUACCUGGACCAGUUCGGCAAGACCAAGGUCCACACCCCCGGCUGCCUCUUCUUCGGCCACCCCUGCCCCCCGGGACCCUGCCCGUGCCCCCUCCGUCAGGCCUGGGGCAGCCUCGACGCCCUCGUCGGCCGCCUUCGCGCCGCCUUCGAGGAGAAUGGCGGCCACCCGGCCACCAACCCUUUCGGCGCCCGCGCGGUGAGGCUCUACCUCAGGGAAGUGAGAGACUCGCAGGCCAAGGCCAGGGGGAUCACGUAUGAGAAGAAGAAGCGGAAGCCGCCGCCGCCGCUGCCACCGCCGCCGCCACCAGCAGUGUCGCCGGCAACUUCCAUGCUUCAUCCUGAUCUGAAUUCGAUGAGUUUGGGCAAUGUGGAUUGCCAGAGUUACCAGUACGGCCAUGUGAUCAUGCCGGCCGGUCAGGCCGGCGAGGAGGUUGUUAUGGCCAUCGUCGAUCCUUGCCAUGGUGCUUUCUUACCGCUGUCGGUGUUUAAUUAGUAUGAUUGUAGUGGUUCUUGUUGCAGUAGAAGGAUGUUGGUAGUGGAGACCACUAUAUAAGAGGUAGGUUGAUAUGGGCAAGCUAGCUUGGGGGUCAUAUCUAGCUCAUAUGAGACUGUGUUGUGCUUCUUUGGAAUUUUAUAGUGUGUUUUACAAGCUUAUGCAUAUCUUUGUUUGUUCUCAUGUUUUAAGUGUACUGUGGUUUUGUUAAGUGUGCUUGGACUUCUUUUUCUUUGAUGGAAAAUGGGUGGCUUUGGACUUCUUUUUCUUGCUAAA